AAGGCAUACACGGUAUACGUAGCACCAUGUACAGCGCAGCACACGGUACUUGCAUUUUAAAACGUGCGAAACUCUAAGCGUAAGACAGCGCAACGGCACAACGUUGCGCAAAUAACAAUAUUUUCUUUUAACGGGACAUUCAAUACUCCCCAACACGCUGGAUAAAGACGCUGGUAUAUUAAGCUCCCAUAUUUUGAUUUGGAGGAAGGAGAGCGUGCCAAUCUUCCAUUCAGUUAGCAGAAGUUACAUCGUUUAUCCUGGUAUUAACCGGUUUGUUGUACUCCCGAUACCAACGGAACUUGCGUACACCACUGCAAUCAUCGGAUUCGGAGAUGGACGCCGUCCCGGUGGUGGUGGCCCGACGGCCGCUGGACAGCCUGUCCGGGCACAUUCAUCAUGACCGGGCCGCCGAUCAUGUGGACGCCAGCGAGGCGUUGCUGCUGCACCCCUCCAGCGACCACAUCGACACGGUGGAGCACUCCGUCCUGGCGGACGCCGGGGGCCUGUCCCCGGAGGAUCCCUCGCAGUACUUCAACUACGCCUGCGCCAAGGUGUCCACCACCGCCAGCGGACCCUCGUCUCUCCACACCGAAGCCGUCUGCAUCGAGAUGGGCCCACUUCCGGCGCAACCGCAUCCCCGAGGUGUCGGCGUCAAAGCCCUCGGCUGGCUGACGUGCCCGGUGGCGCUGGUGGAGGAGAACGCGCCGCUGCCCGCCAUCUCCGUCUUCGCCGACGCGGACGCCACGGACGAGCUGGAGCUGGUGGUGCACACCAACGGCGAGGGCACCGCGCAGGUGGGCGGGCCGCGCGUCGUCUCGUUGCGCUCGCAGGGGGCGCUGAAGCCGUCGGUGGCCAGCUUCGAGGGGGUGUGUAUUAAGCGCGCCGGACUGUACGUCGUGGAGGUGCGGUGUGUGCGGCAGCCGGAGAUAUCCCUCGUGGCCGACCACCCCACGGAAGUCGUGACGCGCAUCGACACCCACAGCCCGCUGGACGACGUCGGCGUCCCGGAGGAGAUGGGACUGGCCGGUCGCGUGCACAUGUGGGGCGGCGGUUAGGAGACACUCGCCGAUGAACCCGCUCGAUGACCAAUAGUGGCCAAUGUAUUUUUCCGGUUAUAUUUUUGUUAAUUCCAUUUUAUUGUCAGUAAGUGGUCUGAAAUCGAAAAUAUUAAUACGUGCACAGUUACUUGAAGUGUUUUAAUAAUUGAUUUAUAAUAAUACGCUUGUUACGAAUAGAUGGCAUAAUUUGAUAUUACAACGACAUGAGGAUCAACUUAAUUACUUUUUUAAUUUAGCCGGCAGAAAUGACGUUGAUUCACUGAGACUUCCUUGUAACAGCCUUCUGCUAAUGUUCUAGUUCAGUCUUCCGGUUUGUGCUUUGUAAAUAAAAUGGAAAGUAAUUUUAAUGCCAUUGAA